UUGGUUAUUGAUAGUUUCCCUAGGUAUUAUUUAUUUAUCAUCAUCCAUUUUACCUUUACAAAGACAAAUGAAAACCCCUAGCAGCAAACAAUUAGACAAAUAAACUUCUUUUCUCUCCAUUAUUAUUAGGAACAAUGGCUAUGAUAAACUCUCUUUCAGCAGCUUUUCUGAUCACCAAAUCAUCUUCCACUGCAAGGACAAUAAGGCUGCCUCCCCAUAGACUCUUGGUGUUAGCAACGAGUCAUGACAAUAUUUCAAUCAACAACUCAACAACAACAAUAACUAAUCCACUUAUAGGAUCAACGUCAAAAAAUAAGCCUAAUAAGGUAUUUGAAGAUAAGUCAACGGGUGUAGUUUGUUAUAGAGAUGAGAAUGGAGAGAUCAUAUGUGAGGGAUAUGAUGAAGGCCCUCGUUUUCCCCACCAACUCCCAGAGUCUCCUAAACCAAGGUUAGAGAAUCAGCGAACUACAUCUACAGUGUGUAUGAAGAAGGAAGGAAAUACAUAGUUCGAUCGAUUGGAUAAUAGAACAUGCAAUUGUGGUAGAUUUCAGUUUGAUGAGAUACCAUGCGUGCAAGUUAUUGCUGUUUUGAAAAGCUAACAUGUAAAGAAAAUGAAGUCAUACUGUUCUGAUUACUACAAAAAGGAGACACUAGUCAAAAUGUAUGAAAUGUCACUUUGUUCAAUGUCUGACAAACUGGAUUGGCAUGUAGCAGCGGAGGUGUUGAAAGAUAUGAUUUUGCCUCCAAAAUAUAAAAAAACCACCAGAAAGAUCUAAGAAAGUGAGACAAAAGAAAAGUAGCAAAACAUUUUUAUCAACCUCAAAUUGUUGUGGAAAGUGUAGGCAUGAAGGUCAUAACAGACGCACCGUGCAACUACUUCCCAACGGAGAUGUGAUAUUUUUGUUUGAAAUGGAAUCUGAAAUGUUUAUUAAGUUCAAUAUUAUGAAUUCAAUAAUUUGAGUUAAUUUUUCAAAAAUA